AUGAAUAACAUCCACGAAAAUCAGGGUGUACAAAAUUUACAUGCUGCUAAACAUCCUUCUUUAUCACAUAUUGUCGACGAUUCUUCUAUCGUUGGUUUAAUAUUUGUUUGCGUUCCAACAUCUGAUGUAGAUUUUCGACGUGGUUUAUUUUCGAAAUGUUUUGCACCGUUUUUACCCGGCUUUGAAUCCACUGAAGUGCGAACUGGAUUAUGUAUCGUCGAAUUUAUCAUUUACGGUGAAUUACAAUAA